AUGUAUUUGGCCGGUGCUAAUCUUAUGAAGCGGACGCUUAAGUCGCAAGAUGCUUGCGAUAAGUUAUAUGUUAAACUAGUAAAGGUACAAGCAGAUGAGCAACCAUUGCUGACAGAUCCAUUGUAUAGAAGUUUCAAAAACAUAUACAUUGAUGUUUAUAUGGAGGCAGGGGAUGGAUCAAAACAUUUAGUUGAAAUGCAGCAAAAAUACGAGCAAAAAGCAUUAUCUAUCGAGGCCAAUUGGAAGAAUAUCGUCAUUGAUGAAUUAUUAAGAGAGUAUGAAGAAUGUGAUGUUAAAAUUCUCAAACUUGAAAAAGACAAACACGAGUCUUUUGCCAAAGGAAGAGAGGAAGAAAAAGUUGAAGUUGCUCGAAAUGUGCUAAAGCAAGGAUUUGAUAUUGAAUUAAUCUCCACGAUCACAAAUAUUGAAAAAUAA